CUGAGAAGUUUGCUAAUUGCCUGGCACAAUGGUUCGAUCAAGAUCAAGAUCCCCACGUUGGAAGCAUAGUUGUUUUUCAGAAUAGUUGAAGGAAGACCUAGUUUCUUCAUUACAGCACCAUGCUUCACAGGGGCAAAAUCAAAACAGAAUGAAUGCUGAUCUAAGGAAGGAAAUAGUUGGAGAGGAGACCAAAAGCCUGGUUGAAGAGGUGGAUCUUAAAGUUGGUCUUAAUGGAGGUUGGAAUUGCAGAGUGUUCAGCCUGGGUGGCUGCCAAUGGUGUGGUGAAGGAAAUAUGAAUGUAAAAAUAACCAGAGUCAGACGAGCACAGAGUUCAUGGAAGGUUUUAAGGUCAAUCUCACCAACCUAUGGAAGAAGCCAGGAAUACCAUGUUGAGAGACCACUGCAUCAGUCCUAUAGUGGCGAGCUAAGAGAAUUUGGUCAAAGCUCAGGAAGACCUGUACAGUGGAGGAGUCAACGGGAGAAAUGGACUGAAACUGUAAGUGUAGAAUCAAGAUCAGGAGAAGCCCAGUAUGGUGCUGUUCAUCAUAAAGUUUUUGAGUAUGGGCAUCCUUCCCCAAAUGCAAGAAGAGUGGAAUCAGAAUAUACAACUACAACUGGAAGAAACUUUUACCUACAAGAAAGAGAAGGAAACCAAACCUACCCACUUCCUUCAAGAUUUCUUGAAGACAAUCCAUACAAUGAUCAUGAUGAACGACCUUCUGACAGCAGUGAAUGGCAUGAUCAACGGCACCAUUCUCACAAUGAACGGCACCAUGAGCACGAUCAGUGGCACAAUGACCUUGACGACCGGCACUACCAUCAGAAUGUGGAAAUCCCAACUUGUGGCAGAUUGUAUAAUGAAAAGCCCAAGAGCUUCGGAGGUGAUCCACAAAUAGAUUCAUACGAGGAACCAGUGAUUACUACUUAUGGCUCCCCAGAAAAGUGGCAUGACUCAGAAGGCUUUCGAAGUCAUGGUUUACAUGAGGAAAGGCAUUCAGGUUCUUCACGUUCUCCUGGAAGACGGGCUGAAGAGUUUCUGGAUAGGAGCUCCUACCAGAAGAGGUAUCCUGAGGAGGAUGAAGUCAGAGGGUACAGAGAAGCAACUGGAAGAGGCUGGGUACCUGGAAAGCAUGAGGUGAUAGAACACGAACGAGAUUUAAAAUGGAGGGGGGAGAAAUUCCCUCAUAAUAGGAAAAGCUACCCCAAUGCAUCACACAGUGAAUCAGAAAGCAUGCGUGUUAAAGAUAUACCCAGAGAACGGUAUAGUAACAGUGACCGCUAUGAAGAGUAUGUGCAGGUAAAGAGUGGGUUUGCACAUUCACAAAAGUAUCCUGAGAUGCAGUCCUCUUCUGAGCAUCACCAGAUAUUUUCCAGUGGAAAACAGCAAGGAUAUUCGAGCAAAGAUAAAGAGUUUACCACCAGCAGCUCAAGUAAUAAAGAGGUGAGUCGUUUUCACAGUAACAGUAGGAAGUCAGGUACUGAUGUGAACAGAACAGAGGGGCGCCACUCUGGGUCAGCAAAAUAUUCUGUCCCUGAGCAUUACUCUAGCAGGUUUCGGCAUGUAAACAAGAAGGAAGUAAGCCCAAGAUCUACAACUUCAGUAACAAGAGGACGUGCGGAAAGAGGAAAGGAAUUCCGAAACCGCCCUGAGUUUUCUAAAGACCGACGUGAUGACACUCAUAAGCGAUCAAGCCACAGAUCUUGUCAUGUGGAAACUUCACGACAUGGUACUAACAAUGAGCGAGACAGAACAACGGAAUCCCUUACAAUCAAACUAGAUAUGAAGAAAUCUGUGAACAAGUGCAGGCCGACAUCAAGCCAUGCUUCAGAGAGACUAAUGUCUCGGGAUUUGGUUAGUGUUGGCAAGAAACGGGAUGAGUUCCAUCAUGUGUUUGAGCAUAUGGGUUCAUCAUUCAAGGCUAACCCGAACAUCUCAUCAGGAGAAUUUGCCCAGGAGAUAAUCACUUUGGUGCACCAGAUUAAAGAAGACCAUUUUAAGUCUUCAGAUCUAACAUUGCAUGAUCGCUUUACAAAGUUGCAAAAUGUACAGAGCCCAGAAAGAGAAGAGGAAAAAGAUUUGGGCCCUGAGAUACACAGACGGAUUGACAUGUCAUUGGCAGACUUACACAGCCGCGAAAGAAAACCUGUUGGCAGAAAGACAAGCACGUGGGUUGCUGUAAAUCCAGAUGAUCUCCGUCAUGACAUAGAAAGGAGAAGGAAAGAAAGAUUACAGGACAAGUAUGAGAAGCCCCAUCAAACUGUGGAGCCUAGGUUUCUUUCUCACAGAUCAGAGAGGCCCGAAAAGUCUCGUUCACUCAGUCGAGUGAAAGCAGCAAGAAAUCCACGUUUUAAAGAGCCAUCAUUUGGACUUAUGGAGCAUCAGGAAAAGCUGCGCAGGGAGACUACUGCGAGAAAGGCGAUUGCAUCGACAAAAAGAAAAAUAGGAGAGACCUUAGAGCCUAGACGUUUUCAAAGAUCUAUCAAGCAUUUUGUGAAAGAGUAUUCAUCUUCUGGGCGAAAGAGAGGUUUGACACUUGAAUCCAAGUACCGGCGUAUAUAUGGAGUUGGUUUUGGACGUACUAAUCACAGGAUAUUCACCAAACACUUGAGAGAAGGGAUGGCAAGGAAAAGGAGAGCUGAAAGAGAAUUACCCAGCAGCACCACAGACAAGUAACUUCCCUAUCUAUUGGAAGGUGGAAGAAUUCGGAUCGAUAUAUAUAUAUUUCUGAUGUAAAUCUCCAGAGGAAUGCGCACACUUCAGUUGAAAUAAAUUCAUAUGCCCUUUGCAGACUGCUGUGAAUGCUAUUGGUUUGUUCUACUAUAGUUAGUGGCACAUAAAACAUUUUUUCCAAAGUACCCUGGAUAAUCUGGGCAUUGAUUAAAAUAUUCCACUGUUCUCCAAUUAAUCCCAAUUGUAUCCUACUCGUCACUCCUCCUCUCCAGUCUGCACUCAAGGUCUGCCAUGAAUAAUUCAUUAAUAUGAACUAUACAAUGUAAAAGCAAAUAUGAGAUUAAACAUUGUCCCAUUUAAAUGUUAUCAAAACAGUGAUGCACUCAAGUUGAAAAUAGUUGCAUAGUGCUUUCCAAAACUAGAGGUGUGAUCAGCAAUUGAUGAUUAGUGAUUGAAAGUAGAGGCAAUGUUUAAAAAUGAAACUUGUGGAUUUUCCUCUGAUUUUUUUGCCCUUGGCUGUAGGAAAAUGAGGAGGAGGCGCUGCUUGGUAUACUCGUGAAGAGAAGCACAAGUAUUUUCAGUUAUUUAUAUCGUGGAGUUUGUGGCUGAGUUCAUUUGCCUUAAGUGAUGGGGGAAUUGCAUCCCAGACUACUGUUGUGCUUUCGACUUGAGCAUGCGUUGUGCGUGUGCAAAUAAAUGGUAUGUUAAUGUUUUGGUGUGAGAUGUAGUUUGGGAUUUUGUAGCUCUUUUCUGUUCUAUUGCAGUGGGAAUCAUUAUCCAGUAAUACCUGUGUGUAGAGUUAGCAGCGAAGAUGAUUUAAUUGGAGAAGUGUGGUAAAAUUGGAGUGGAGAAGAAAGGGAUAGAAACAAAGACAAAACUAGCAAUAAAGCAAAACAAUAUGACACAGCAAAUAUUGUUAAAGAGCAAGGCAUUCAAAACCUAAUAAGAGGCAAAUAAGAGAGAUAAGAAUGGCCAAAUUAUUUACUUGUCUUAAUGACCUUGAGUCUGUGUCCCUUUGAUUUCACUAAUGUCAUUUGCAUGUCUCCCAUGUUGCAGUGCAUGUAGAGCCUAAGAUGAGUUGCACUUCCAAACUGAGAGUACAUGUGGAAAUGUUUCCAUUCCCCAACUGCUGCACACUCCUGUUUGUUUAGAAAGCUCUGCUAAAUCUUGUCACAGUUAUAGAGUGGUGUACAACAGACGUUGUGCCCAUUGAUUUUUGUUUCCCCAAAAAGCGAACUUGGGAACAAGGGACAGACGGAAGUGUUUAUUCAUGUUCAAAUUAAGUGCGUGGCGGCUUUCCCCUCCAAACUAAAAUGUCAGUGCUUGUAAAUGACUAAUUACAAACAAUCUUUUUAAUACAUUAUUCCUAAAAGUGUAGAAUAAAUUCCAUUCGGAAUCUAGUUGACAUUUAAUUGUUACACCAUUUUAAAGUUUUGAAUUCAGUAUCUCGCAUUUAGAAGGAGCACAAUAACGUUGGUGUAUUUCCUGUUUUGAACUGUUGCCGAACCUCUGAUUACUCUACAUGUUUUUACGAACUUCAUUUGGUUUGAUUAUCGAUUAUGUUUAAUUGUCAAAUGUUGUCCGUUGACCAUUGUAAUCAUUUGUAUGUUUACUGGAACAGUCCAUGCUAUGUUUCCAGUGAUAUUUUCAAUACUUCACCCAUAGUUGUACUAUGGAUAGAUAGCGUAGUGCUAACAUCAGGUCUGUUUAUUGGAUGUCAUUGAGUCAUUUCAAAACUUUACCCUAAAGUUUCGUGCUAACAUUUCUCACUUGUAUAGGACAGAUUGACUUUAAAACGCUUAUUGGAUUAGUUUGUCUAAGGACUUAAAUAUUCAGAUAUGUUGAUAAAUUGAAACAGUUAUUUGCCUAUGGUUUCUUCACAUGUCUAGUGAAUUGUACAAGUGUAUUAGUGAUUGUGACCCUGUCCAAUUGCCCAAUAAACAACUCCACAAAACUGAAAUGAAGAAUCAUUCCAUGAACCAUUUCUCUGCAGAUUGUUUUGAUAGCAUUACUGUUGCUUUCUGUGCAGUGAUGUGACUACCUGGCAACAGUUUGUUAAUAGCUUUCUAACAAUUGACCAUACAUAGUCAUGUUUCAUUUUAAAUUGUUUCAAUAUCCAAAGCUAUGAAACACAGUAAGUGGCAGGAGCUGGUUGAAAUUCAUAUUAAUUUUAUGAAACCAUGUACUUGCACUGCUGCAGCCACACACAUUUAUUGUUGGUACUUUAAGUUCUGUUGUCUUUAAUGAAAGCAUACCUUAAGCUGCUGUUCUGUAAGCCGCUUGUUUAUUACAUUAAACUUCCACCUGUUGCUUUAAA